UAUUAAUUUAUCGUGUUUAUUAAUUUAUCGAAUAUUAAUUUAUAGAGUUUCCAUUAUAUUAUCCCUAGAAAAAGUUUUAGUAACCAUAUAACUAAGCAAAAUAUGAUGUGGCCUAACAUGUGCAUAUUAUUCAGAUCUAUCCGAAAACUUGAACUAGAACUAAUCGGAAAAUCAGACCAGGUUUGAGUAUGGCUAUUUUAUCUUAAUGAACUUUGCACAUUUUUAUCAGUGGGUAUUAAUUCGAUUGUAGAUACUACUGGAUAUCCAAUUUCCUAUACGUUAUUUACAAACUGAUUUUGACCAUGUCAUCUCUACAAUCAUUUUCACUAAAUAAAUGUCAACAUGACAUGUUAGAAAUGAUUAUAUGGCUUAUAGUUAAAUAUGACAUGGAUAAUUAUAUUUAAUGCUUAUUUAUAUUUGUUGUUAAACUUUUUAGAAUAUAGUAGUAAAUUAUAAUCAUCGUUAAAGUAAAUCUAUUCAAAUAUGACAUUAACUAAUGUAAUAGUAAAAAAUAUAAUAAUAUUUUAAAAUUUCCAAAAUAUUAUUUAUUUCUAUUUUUAUAAUUAUACAAUUUAUAACUUAAAAUUAUUUUCAAUUUUUUUUUUACAAUUUUGUAAAAAAAAUUAAAUUUUUAAUCGUAAUAGUAUUAGCUUAUUUACAUAUCUACAAAUUUUAGAAAUAUUGUAUAGUUGUACUAUUUCAUAAUAUACAACUUUUAUAUCAAUUUUUUUUUAAUUUAUACAAGUUGAUUUAAUAUAUCUUAUCCAAAAGAAAUAGAAAAAUAUAUCUAAGACUAUAAUUUUAAAUAUAUAAAUAUCUAUUCUUAAAUAUAUUUUAAAAUAAACAAAAUUAUUUAUUUUAUCUUAAUUUUAGGCUCAAUUAAAUCAAAAUUGAUAUUAAAAUAUUUAUAAUAAAAUAAUAAAAUCUAAAAUAAUAAUAAAUUUUAUUUUUAAAUAUAUUUUAAAUUUAAUUUUUUUAUUACUGCAUAUGGUGAAGGAAAACACAUAGUCAAAUAUAUGAAAUGAAUGACUGAGAAAUACUAAAUAUAUAAGUGAUAUUUUUGAAUAUUGGUUCGGUUCAGGUACUCUAAGUAUAUACUUGGUAUUUCAUGUAUUGUGUUUUUUUUUUUUACUUUUUCCAAGUUUUUGUAUUUGUUUGGUAUUUCAUGUUGACGUUUUAGUUUUUUUUUCUCAAAUUUUAAAUAUAUUCUUAUCUCUUUUUAUAUAUUUUUAGUAUAUCAUUAGUAAAUAAUUGAACCAAACCGUAUACAAAAAAAUCAAAUAUUAAAUAACUUUAAAGUUGAGAAUUGAACCGUUCUGAAAUCGUUAGAACCUGAACUCAAAUCAAAUCGAAUACUUCCAAUCACUUUAGCUAAAGAUCCAGACCGACCAGAAUACCCAAAUAUCUAAGGCUACUCGAUACCUAUAAAAUGUAAGCAUAGAAAAAUUAAAGAGCGCAGAAAGUUCAAUAUUUUAUUUACAGUUAAUAUUUACUCUGAGACACACCUCAUCACAUCGCCGCGACCAAUAAACUAGUCUACCAAAUAUUCCAUCCUCAAAGAAGAUAAAUAAAAGUCCACCUAAAGACUAAAGUGUUUUUACCGAAAACAUCCGAGUUUUCUGAAACAUGUAAGGCAUAUUUAAGCAGAUAAUGUCAAAUACAUGUCUAAAAAAUUUUGGUUGGUAUGAAUGAAGAAUAUAAAGCUCUUAUUAAUUAGAAAAAAAAUAGAAUGUGCAUAUAAAUGUAUGAUUGAUUGGUUGGUUGGUUAAACAAUAAUUAUUAGCUCAACAGUCCCAUCCAAUAAUUACAUUUAGUAGUAGUCUUUAUCCAUUAACAUUAUGGGCCUUCCCUUUGGUCGGAUCUCACAUGGUCUUAGCUUCAUGGAGAACAACGUUUUCUUUACAGAGCUUCAAAACAUCUCACAUAGUGCAAAGAAAAAAAGAAACACAACUCAGAUUAGCUAUAAAAGAAAAACAGCUCAGGCUCAUACUUCUUUAAAGCCAAUGUGAUAGCUCAAAAUUCUUAUUUUAUGCCGACAUAUGUGUCUGGAAAUUGGAAAACACCUUCUUUUUAUUCUUCAAGCCAUUAUGUAUUAGUAUAUUCAUAAAGUAUAACUUUAAUUUCAUAUUAUUUAUGAAAAUAUUAACAUCCUGAAGAUGUGAAAAUAUGAAUCUGAUUUUCUGCCGACAAAAAUGGAUAAUAGCCUCUUUACUACUUUUAUCAUUGAUUUUUUUUUAGUAAACUCUAUCGGAUGAUCUGAUCCGUCUUCGGAGGAACACACUUAGUGCUACAAAGUGGAUUGACUACCACACUGUCUGAUCCGAGUUUGGAAUACCUUCCGACUAAUGCCAAGGGUGAACCGAUCAUCUGUGGAUACAUUACCACUUGGUUUCGUUGAUCAAAUUAUAUUCAUAUUAAUUUCUAAGUUACAAAAAAUAUUAUACUAAUUUCCUAAAUAUAAAUUUCAUAAUACACACAUAUAUAUAUGAAAAUAUUAGCAUCCUGAUUCCCGAAGGUACAAAUAUGCCCUUUUUGUUGCCAACUUUUUACCCAAAAGCAAUGGCGUUUUAGUAAUUAAUCAAAAUAUCAAGGGCUCUAUUAGCUAUAACCAAAAUAUAAACCAUUUCUGUACAAUAAUACACAUUUUGUCCACACAUCGCCAAAAAAAAAGAGACAGUAGCGUCUAAAUGGUUUCGCUGAGGCAAAAGAAGAGGCAAAAUCCAGCAAAGCGAGCAUGGAAGAGCUUCACAAACAUGGUCAAGUCCAAACUCAGAGACAUCGAGAUCGCUGCAACAGUCAGAGAAUCAACGGCUCGUGUCAUUCGUUUCCUUUCUUGCCGUCUCAUCGUUCCUUUCCGAACAAGGUACCUCGAAAACACUAGCUAUUCAGACAAAUACUACAGCCGCAGCAGCAACCAAACCUCUCGACGGUUUCUCAACUUUUUCUCACGAUCUCACACCAAAACCAAGCGUCGAAGCUAUGAAUACGAUGACGAUUACUCUCAAAUCUAUCAAUACCAAAACCAAUCACGCUGCGAAGGGACGAGUGAGAGCAAAGAGAAAGUUGUGAGGCGAAAAGAAGAGAAAGAAGAGGACGAAGAGGGGAUGCCGGAGAUUGCUGAUUCGAUGGAAGAUGCAUGGAGGAGAGUGGUGGCUGCUUCGCCGCAUUUGAGGGUUGACGAGAGAGCCGACGAGUUCAUCUACAAGUUUAGAGAAAGUAUGAAGAUGGAGAAAGAAAGGUCGUUUCUUGAGUUUCAAGAAAGGUUAAAACGAAGUGCUUGAUUAAUUGGCUAAUCAUGGUUUCAUGUUUGUCUUCAUAUUCUCCUUUCCUUUUAAAAGAUUGAUCGAAUUUUCUGAGUAACUUCGUUUUCUCAUUCUUUCUUCUUUGUUUUUCCUUUUUUUUUGGGAUCAAAUCUUCUCUGCUAAAAUUUGGAUAAUCUCAAACAUCUGUUUUACUGAUGUGAAUACAUAUGUCUCACCACUCUAAAUUGUUUGCAUGAUCAUUAUUCUUGAUUAAUGUUAAUGUAUAAAACUGUUUUAUCUUAA